UCGCGUAGUUGGGAAAAAGGCAGCCAAGUUGGUAUUUUGGGGAAAUCCAAAAAGACGAACCGAAAUUCUCUCUCUUCCCCCGAGAUUUUCAAAGCGCUGUUUUGAAUACGUCGCCCAAAUUCGGAGUUAACGCUUCUCCCAAAUCCGCUUCCCCUUUCAUCUCUCUUUCUCUCUGAAUUCUGAAACCUCCGAUCCGCGCUGUGCUCGCCCAGCGCGGUCCUGGGUUUCUAGGGCUUUAAUUUGACCCGGUAAUUAGGCUCUUGAUUUUUGCUCAGUUAGGUUAUUGUCUGUUGGUUUCUUCUGUGAAUUGUAGCAAUGAGUGACCACAUAGUGUUGUACGUCGACCGUCUCAUUAGGCCCAUGGCCUCGCAGCCGCCGUCCGACGUUAAGGCGGCAGUGGAGGACCCGGCUCCGGAGACCGAGGCCGAACCUUCGUCUAGCUCGUCGUCGGCGGCGGAGGGCGACUGCGGCGAUGAGGAGGAGGAGCCGCUGAUUCAGACGGCGGAGUGCCGCAUUUGCCAGGAUGAGGAUAGCGUCAACAAUUUGGAAACUCCUUGUGCCUGUUGCGGCAGCCUCAAGUAUGCUCAUAGGAAGUGUGUUCAGCAUUGGUGCAAUGAGAAAGGAGAUAUAACUUGUGAAAUUUGCCAUCAGCCUUACCAACCAGGCUACACUGCACCUCCUCGUCCACAUCCUGAUGAAACUACUAUUGAAAUAGGAGGCUGGACACUUUCUGGGUCUCCUUUGAGUUUGGACGAUCCACGCAUCUUGUCAAUUACGGAAGCAGAACGUCAGUUUCUGGAUACUGAAUAUGAUGAGUAUGCUGCUUCAAGUAGUAAUGGGGCUCCAUUUUUCCGAUCCGCUGCCUUAAUUCUAAUGGCCCUUCUUAUCUUGCGACAUGCAUUGAGGGUGACAGAUGAUGAUUCCGGUGAUGAUACAUCUGCUAUUUUCUCACUCUUUUUGCUUCGAGCGGCUGGAUUUCUUUUGCCCUGCUACAUUAUGGCUUGGGCCAUCAGUAUCUUGCAGCGUCGACAGCAAAGACAGGAAGCUGCAGCAUUGGCAGCAACACAAGUUGCUUUUGUUCUUCAAUCUGGGCAACAUAGGGGUCUGCAGUUUGCGGUAGCAUCAGGGCCCCCCGGAACGACUGCACAGCAAGAAACUGCCUAAUUCUCAGAGUCUGGAAGAAUGCUGGAGAGUUUUCUGUGCCAUGGUGAGGGCGAGUAGCGGAAAGUAGUGAACAAUAAAUGGAAACAUUAUAAUCACAUUUGUUUUCUAAAAAUAUAAAAAGAGAAAAUAGAGAGAGAAAAAAACAGAAAAGGCUAUAGCUGCGUGGAGUUCUGUCAAAUGGCUUGUUGAAAAGGCUUCCCAGUUACCUCCAUCUCUGGUUUUCAUGUAUUAUAUGUAUGUAUUUAUAUUAUUUUCAUUCAACCAGAGAAAAAAGGAAAUAUUUAUUUUCAUUCCGGUUACCUCUA